CUCAUCACCAUCAUCAUCAUGGUCAUCAUAAUGUCAAUAAUCAGGAUCAAUCCUUGUCAUCGAAAACAAAGAUGACAACGGUGAAACCGACAACACAUACGACAUUAACCUCUGAUACAACAACCAAUAGCUGCAUUAUAUCAUCAUUCGAAUAUUCACCGGCACUACCACCUAUAGGCGGCAAUAAAACAAUUGAAUCCCAUAGUGUUGAUAACCAACUGUCUGAACAAAAGCAGCAACAACGACAACAAACGGAACUAGAGAAAACAAUGGCCGAAUCGAUGAUUUUAUCACAAUCAUCAUCGGUUUCAAUGGUUCCACCACCUGUUUCUUUUAAUAAAUUUCAAACAGUAGCAACGACAACAACAACAGCCACAUCGCCAUCAUCAACCCCAUCAUCACCAUCAUCGUCAUCGAUUAGCGCGACGAAUGAUAAAAUUGGUAGUGAUUCUGGUGUUGUACUAUCAUCUUCUUCAUCAUCUUCUGAUUCUGGUCUGAAUACUUCAAGUAAUCAACAAAAACAACAGCAAAGUUCUUCUAUUUCAACGAACAAAACAAAAUCCUCAACAACAACAUUUCAUCAUCAAAAUCGACAACAUCGAUCAUCACAACAUCUUCAUUUUAAAUCGGCAAAAUAUUCAUCAUCAUCAUCAUCAUUGAAAAUCAAUCACCAUCACCACCACCAUCAUCAUCAUCAUCCACAUUCAACAAAUUUAAAUAAAUCUCAGACACAAUCUUCUUCGACGAAACCCUUGUUUGCAUCAUCAUCUUCUUCAUUAUCAUCAUCAAUGAAUAAUUCUUCAACAACACUAUCAUCAUCAACAUCAGCAUCAUCAUUAUCGUCUUCAUCAUCAUCACCAGAGAAUUUAGUCAAUGUGAAUGAUAAUCAGCCAUCGAUAAUUACCGAACAACAACAACGAUCUACAACAAAGACAUCAAUAAUAAAUAAAGAGAAUAAAAAUCAAAAAGAUGCUGAUAAUAGACAAACGUUAAUAGAUGCUGAUGAAACAACGGAAAACAAGGACAAAGAUAAUAUUAGUGAUUUAGAUGUUGAUGAUAAUGAUAAUGAUUAUAAUGAUGAUGGUGAUGUCGACGAAAACGACGAUGAUGAUGAUGGCGACAAUGAU